AUGUAUAAUAUUCCUACCCUCAAAACUCUUUCGUACAUGCUGGCCGACCCUGACGGUGGGCAACCCGUAUGGUCGCUCAGUGCUCAUGUCUCUAAGGGGCCCAAAAUUCCUAAAUCGACUGAAACUUCCAAACAUUCAACUCAGACUUUUCUGGACCUAUUAAGAAUCAAAUUAAGACAUCUAUUCUCCAUAUUGAGGAAGCUUCCAGUUCAUGCUGAUGUUUAUGCACCACGGAUUGUUGCUGAAACAAAAAAUGAUUCCACCUUGGAAAGGUUACUGCCUUCUUCCAGUUGGGUGAGGAUGGCAUGGCAACCCACAGAAGAUCAACUCAUCAUGCGUUCUGGUUUAGAUGGUUUUGUCUUUAUGCGCAUUUAUAUCUUCAGUUUAAAGGUACUCGCUUUUUCUGCGGUAGUUGGCCUAUGUAUUCUUCUACCAAUCAAUUAUAUGGGAAGUCAGAUAUAUAUUGAUUUUUCCGACUUUACAAAUGAGUCCCUGGAAUCAUUCAGUAUUUCAAAUGUCAAUGAUGGAUCCAAAAGGUUAUGGAUUCACUUUGGUGCGGUGUAUGUCUUCACUGCAUUUGUCUGUUAUCUUCUUUAUGCUGAGUUUGGUUAUAUCGCUUCAAAAAGGCUUGCAUUCUACUCCACAUCUAAGCCUAAGCCCAAUGAAUUUACUGUAUUGGUUCGAGGUAUCCCAAAGUCAUCCACAGAGACCUUAAGUGAAACUGUUGAGAAAUUUUUCUCAGAGUGUUAUCCGACAUUAUAUCUAUCACAUUAUAUGAUCUAUAACACUUCAAAGAUUUGGAAGCUAAUUGAUGAUGCUGAAAAGACAUAUAGAAAGCUUGUCAGUUUGAAGUCCACAAAGCAAAGUUCUCAAAGGUAUGGUCGUGUUGGAUGUUUCGGGCUUUUGGGGCCGAAAGUUGAUCUCGUGGAGUAUUAUGAGGAUAAGUUAGAAGUUCUAGAAGAUAAAGCAAGAAAGGAACAAUCACUCCUUAGUGGAAAGGAACUUCGUGCUGCAUUUGUAUCAUUCAAAUCACGGAUUGGAGCCGCAAUAACUUUAAACAUCCAACAAGGACAAAAUCCUACCGAGUGGCUUACUGACCCGGCCCCAGAGGACCGAGACAUAUAUUGGGCCUUCUUUUCUACAUCUUUUUUAACCAGGUGGAUUGGAAAUGUCGUGGUGGUUCUUGCAUGCACGGCUCUUACAAUUUUGUUCUUCAUACCCGUUAUCAUAGUGCAGGGUCUCACAAAUCUAAACACGUUGGAGAUUUUGUUCCCUUUUCUAAAAGGCAUAUUGAAUAUAAAUGUCGUAAGCCAGGUCAUCACUGGAUAUCUUCCCAGUCUGAUUCUCAAGACAUUUUUAAAAAUUGCGCCACCUGUCAUGAAAUUUUUAUCCUCAAUUCAAAGCUAUGUUUCACACAGUCAGAUAGAGAGAAGUGCGUGUAUAAAAGUGCUAUGGUUUAUCAUAUGGAAUGUAUUCUUUGCAAACGCUUUAUCAGGAUCUAUUUUUUAUCGCCUCAAUGUCUUUCUCGACCCUAAGCAAAUACCAAACAUAUUAGCUGCUGCUGUUCCAGGACAGGCAACAUUCUUUAUAUCAUAUGUUGUGACGUCUGGUUGGACUAAUACAGCUUCAGAACUUUUACGCUUGACGGCCCUCAUUUUCAGUUACAUAAAAAGAAUUUUUACCACUGAAAGUGAUGAAAAAUUUGAAGUUCCUUCACUCUCUUAUGCCAGAGAGAUCCCAAACAUUCUCUUAUUUGGACUUCUUGGAAUUACAUAUUUUUUCCAGUCACCUUUAAUUCUACCAUUUCUACUGGUUUACUUCUGUAUGGGAUACUUAGUUUAUCGUCACCAGUUGUUGUAUGUUUAUUCACCGAAAUUUGAAACUGGUGGACAGUUUUGGCCAAUUGCGCACUACUGUACAAUUUUUUCAUUGAUAUUAAUGCAAUUGAUUGCUAUUGGGAUAUUUGGUCUGAAGCAACUUUCCUUAGCUUCCACUUUGACUAUUCCACUUCCAAUCAUCACCCUUCUCUUCAAUAGCUACUGCCAAAAGCGAUUUUCACCACUUUUCAAAGGCUAUCCUGUUGAGUUGAUGACAAAGAAAGACAAACGUGACGAAAAUGAUCCUACAAUUUCUGAUUUUCAACAACCGACAGCCUCAAUGCCACACUUCUUGCUUCUGAGACAUGAAUCUGUGAAAGUUAUGCCUUGCAUUGGAUAUAGUUUAAAGGGAAGGCUUAGCUUCAGGAUUGUUUGGUCUUAGUAGAUACUUGUCAGCGAUGAUGUGGUUCAUGUGAUUGUAUGUUGUAUUAUGUUCUUGGCAUGUUUGAUAUUAGCUUGUAUGUCCCCAUUGUCAUGUUGAAGUAUAUAAAUUUUUAUAAAAUUAGUAUAUUGGAAAAGUAGACUUUGGGUGUACUUUGGAGAACUUAGUUUAGUAACUCCAUUAUUCUAAUAAAUCUUAUGUCUCAAAGGUACUUAUACUAGAUGAAA